AUGGCAUCCGAUCGCGGUAAAGUACCAAAAAGACUUGCUAUGCGUGCUGCACCAAGUAACCCUGCCUCACGUCAAGCAGCUCAACCAGCCGGAGAUUUCUUGUGGGUGAACCACGAAGAAAACUCUCAAGAUGCCUCAUCUCGGGCCAAACAAGCCUUCAUACGCAAGAGAUAUCAUCGACUAAAGAAAGAAACAGAGCAGGAGAAGUUCAAGACUUCUGUAACCCCUCCUUUCACCAAAGUCUCCAAAAGCUCUAAGUCCUCAAUUGCCGCAGUUUCCGACCGUUGCGAAAAGAGCCAACGACCAGGGUCGAUCAAAUCUGAACUUCUAGUAUAUCAACCGGCGGAAACAGGCAUUGUAAAGGCCUUUCCUUCUCUAUCAUUGUCCACGGAUAAAUCUAUGGACUACUAUCUCCGUCAUUGUCAAAUCUCUCUAACUAUUGGCAGUUGCGAUCUUGUAAUUGGACUUCUGAAGCAAGGACCUCCCACAUUUGAAAUUUGCGAGAAAUGGGAGCAUAGAGUCCUAACAAAGUCCAUAAUUGCCGAGGCGAGUCGUCUCUGCAAUAAAUCCUGUCCGAUCGGGAACCGAUUUUUCGACUCGGCAUGGUCUGCAGACAUACGUCCAGAACUUCAAAGCAUUAUCAAGUCAUUCCAACAACUGAUUCUUCUAUUCGAGGCCAUCUGCGAGGCGGAUCGCCGUCUUAUGGCAGUAGAGAAUGAUUAUUUACUGCUCUUGGUCCAUCGAUUAUCUUCUAUGCCUUACGAAUACUCGUUGAAACCUUUGGACGAAGUCAUCCGAGUGUCUAUUUUGCUAUAUUCUUCCGUCCGGAUAUGGGGGUUCCGAGGGAAGCCAUGCAUGGAAUAUGCUAUUGAAGGCGUUCGGUACAGUUUGGAAGUGGGUAUUUCACUUCUUGAGGAGACUGCCCCCGAGCUCUUAUUUUGGAUGUAUUUCUUGGGUGCUCUCGGAACUACAGGGUUAAGAUGUCACCAAUGGUUGGUAUCAGGUCUGCAGAGCUUUGCGAGGCGACUUUGUGUGGAAGAUUGGGCUAGUGCAUUGCCAAUUCUACAGGGAUAUUUCUUUGUGUCUCGACACAGAGAAAUUGGAAAAGAGUUCUGGGAAUCGUUGUUUGGAACUGCAGUGGAAUAUAUUGAAGAAUAA